AUGUCAUAUUUAAAACAGAAAUUUGAAUCUGGAUCUUUAAAAGAAUUUUGGAUUGAACUUAAGGACGAGUACCCAUCUCUAGUUGAAAAAGCUAUUUUUACUCUAUUACCGUUUGUAACAACCUACCGUUGUGAGGCUGGUUUUUCCUCUUAUGCGUAUACAAAAAAUAAAUACAGAAAUAGAUUUAAUGCCACUCCAGACUUACGAAUUCAAGUUUCAGAUAUAAAACUUAAUUUUAAAAAUAUUGUAAAUCAAACAAUGAAACA